UACGGAAGCUGACCGUGACUUCCUUAACUACACGUUGUACUACUGACAAGGAAACAUCGCUCAACUGCACAAUGUGAUCUUGUGGAAUAUGCUUGACUGAAACUAACUCGCCAAUUCUGGCAAAUGUUGAGAAUGCGAACAGAAACAAUGCCUUGAAUAAGCAUUGCUCAUAAGAUGAGAUUGACAAAGUAGGCAAUGCUAUAAGCAUUUUGUUCAGAAUAGGAACAGUAAUAGGUAACCGUGUGUCGAUUGUUUGUGACAGUCUGUAACUACCAGUGACAAGCUUAUCAACCAAGAAGGAUCGGGUAUUGUCAGGCAAAGAUAACAUUUUAUGUACAUAACCCAAUGCUGACAGGUACAGCAUGAGGGACAGAAAUUGGAAAAGACCCCAAUGGUCUUACUCUUUCGAAUCUGUUUUAGUCUGUAUUGGAGUUGCUUGUAAUGACCAAGUUCUUCAUUUAAUACCAUACAAUAUGAUAAAACAUGGCCGUGCACUGUUCCUCAUCCCUUUCAUAGUAAGUGAAAUACUAAUAGGAUUACCAUGUACAUUUCUGAUGUUGUCUUUGGGCCAGUUUACCAGUUCCGGAGUAAUCACGUGCUGGAAUUUUUCUCCCAUCUCUACAGGAUUCGGUGUGGUAUUUGUCACAUCAUGUUUCCUCCGUUAUACAAUGAUGCUGCCAGAGAACAUGACGUUUUUACAAGUUUUAUUUCGUAUUCAAGAGAUUCCCAUUUCAAGUUGUAAAGAAUGGAAUUCCUGGUCUGCAAAAUCACAGACACAAAACACAUCAUUUUGUGAAAAUUACAUUUAUGACGUAAUGGACACUUGGCGGUGGAAUCAAUCUGGUUACGACGUGGAGGGAACUCUUGAUUCUAUCGGCGAUGUUAAUUGGACGCUUGCUCUGCUGUCUUUUGGCACUGUCGUCAUUGUAAUAUUGAUUGUCAUCUUGGACACUCGGACACUUGGAAAGGUGGCGUUUAUUACGGUGGGUGUCCUACUUGCUGUACCCAUCAUCCUGUUUGUUCGUGGACUGACGCUGCCUGGUGCUAAUGAAAUGGCCAAUCUUCUCUGGAAAGCCGAUGCUUCUAAACUAAAGGAUAUGGAGACAUGGUCAGAUGCUUUUACAUCAAGUCUGUAUGGACAUGGUAUUAUAACAGGAUUUUACAUCACAAUUGGUAGUUUCAAUCAUUUUCACAAUGAUUGCUUCAGAGAUAGCCUUAUCAUCGUCGUGAGUAGAAUUGUUUGGGGAAUAUUCGGAACACAUGCUAUGUUUUGUAUCAUUGGAUUUGUCAUGAGACAGACCAAUACAGAAACAAUAGAUCCUGCUCAAUGGCUGUUCAACCGUGAGGCAAUGUUGUCGCUUCUUCCCGAAGGCAAAAUCUGGAUUGGAAUGGUUUUUUUUUACUUCAUCAGUGCAUUUAUCCAAUAUGGGGCAACUGCUGUCCUCACGAUCAUUACUGCCUUGACGGAUUGCUUUCCUACAAUAUUCAAGAACCGGAAGCGGAGACUGUUCCUUUUGGUCAUCUUGUGUGUCACUAUUUGGUUGUUGAGUCUACCUAUGGCUACACCAGAAGGAUUACAUCUCGCGUACUAUCUGUUUAACUCGGUAGAUCGAUAUCAUCUCCUAACACUUGUUGGUUUUUGUCUCUUGCCUGUCAUCGGAUUCUUCUACGGUGUGUUCCGGUUCUGCGAGGACGUAGGGACGAUGACCAAGAAUCGUGUGUGCUGUUGUCUGCCGUGGACGCUGAUCAAGUAUCCGUUUAUUUUCCUCUGGACGUUUGGUACAUUUUAUACCCUACUGGCAUCUUUCGUCCUGAAGUUCCUGAGUGGAUCGUCCUCGGACAGUACUUAUGAGAGGGGACACUGGACUGUCCACCUAUCAAAUUUUAUCAAUGCCCUUAUAAUCGCACCGAUUCCAUUGUGUGCAUUCGGAGUUCUUCUGUACUAUUUGGUCAAAACACCUGGAGAAAUUGGCACGAAGCUAAAUGCUGCUUUAAAGCCAACAAAAUACUGGGGGCCACUGAAACUGGAGAACAGAAAAGAAGUGUUUAGUAGAUGGAGACCGUAUGGAUUAACUGAGGAUCCUUGGUCUAACCAAACAGAAAUCUCCACUUCAGAAAAUUAAUACAAAUCAACAAAAUCGUACAGUGUACAUGUAUAUGUAGUACCCCCCCCCCCCCCCCACCACCAUUCAUUUAAGUCACUUAUUCAUUUUCAUUCAAUGCCUUUUACAAUAUUGGUUCUUACAUAUGUACUUACAUGUAUAUUCUAAAAGCCACUUUCCGUUUGGUGAAUUUGCUCAUAAUAUAUACAAGAUAGGUUUGUACAAUAAAAUUAAUCAAAGACG